GUGGAAGACUCUUAGCCAGAAAUGCACAAUGUAAACACUUGGCAGACUUCGGCUGGUUGGCCACAGCAGAACGCCCGGGGAUACCGAAUCCUUGAACAGCCGUUGGGAACAAUGAGGCCUCUUCGGGUUGUUUUCAUUGGCGCUGGUGCGUCGGGAAUAUGUUUUUCUAAGUUCUCUCAAGAUCUAUUGACCAACGUGGAUGUCCAAAUUUAUGACAAGAACGACGAUGUCGGUGGAACAUGGCUUGAAAAUCGAUACCCUGGUUGUGCAUGCGAUAUCCCUUCUGUCUCUUACCAGUUUACCUGGGAGCGGAAUCCUCGAUGGUCACAGUACUAUUCGAGCUCCCGAGAAAUUUGGGAGUACCUCCGCAGAAUUGUGGACAAGUAUCAACUGAGGAAGUAUGUCAAGUUUGGGCACACCGUUACCAAUGCGGCGUGGGAUGAAGAACAAGGUGUCUGGCGUCUUCGAGUCAAGGACGCGACCGGAGCAGAGUUUGAUGACGCCUGCGACGUGCUCAUCAAUGGCAGUGGUCAUCUGAACAAUUGGAAAUGGCCAGACAUCAAAGGACUUCACUCGUUCAGAGGAACACUCCAACACAGCGCUCACUAUGACGAGUCGGUCGACCUGACUGGAAAACGGGUCGCGGUCAUUGGCAUGGGUAGCAGUGGAAUCCAAAUCACCGCCAACAUCGCGCCCAAGGUGAAGAAGCUGUAUACCUGGAUUCGGUCUCCGACAUGGGUGACAGCGGGGUUCGCACAGAAGUAUGCCGGUCCAACUGGAGGCAACUUCGACUAUUCAGAGGAAGUGAAGGACCAACUAGAAGAAACUCCGGAGCUUGCCCUCAAAUACUCAAAGAUGGUGGAAUCGGAACUCAACAAGAGAUUCCGGUUCAUCAUCAAAGGGACUCCCGAGAAUGCAGCGGCUAGACAGUAUGCUGUGGACGAGAUGACGCAUCGAUUGAAGGGAAGACCCGACAUCCUUGAAGCCUUGCUGCCCAAGACCUUCGAAGUUGGUUGUAGGAGGCCAACCCCUGGAGAAGGAUUUCUCGAAGCCUUGACCCAGGAAAAUGUCACUGUCUUUACAGAGCAGCUGUCAGAGAUAGAUGCAAUGGGCUUCAUGGAUGCCCAUGGUGACCACCAUGAUGUUGACUUUAUAAUAUGCGCUACUGGUUUCGAUACGACCUGGAUGCCCCGAUUUCUCAUUACUGCCAACGGAUACAGCGUGCAUGAGUUGUGGAAGCAAUCCAUCAACUCGUACUUGUCCAUCGGCAUUCCCCACAUGCCAAACUACUUCACCGUGAGUGGACCGUAUGGCCCACACGGCUUGGGUUCAUUCCUGCCCAUGCUGGAAGUCAUUAUUCGAAAUUUCAUAAAAGUCAUCCAGAAGAUACAACGAGAAAAUAUCAAGUCCGUGACCCCCAAAGUCCAAGCUGCCGAGGCUCUGACCGAGCAUGCCGAGCUGUUUCUGGCCCGUACCGCAUGGAGCAGCGGGUGUGUGAGCUGGUUCAAGCAAGGCCGAGCAGAUGGUCAACUCUGCAUGUUUCCUGCUUCACGUCUCAGCUUCAUCGAGAUCAUGGAGGAGCCCCGCUAUGAAGACUAUGAGAUCGAGUAUCGGGGGAUGAACAUGUGGGCUUUCUUGGGCAACGGUUUCUCUACUCGCCAAAGCGAUGGUCGAGACUUGUCAUACUACCUGGGUCUAUUGAAGGAGGGCGACGUUGAGCAGGACUUGGAAGAUGAGCUCCGAAGCGUUGGACUUGCUCCAGCGAUCAACGGACAGAUUGAGACUUGCUCGGGCUAGAACUAUUACAGAAGGAAAAAGAGGACACCAUGCCUAUUCCCUCGCCUUAGAGAUGUACAGGCUAGAAUAUGGGAGGCUUUCCUCGGUUGGCCUGACUAGUACUCGGAACCGUGAACUUGACCUGCCUGCCGCGUUUGAGUCGGUUUUCUGGGCUCGGCUACUGGGCAAAUCCCUCCCUCAGAUCGACUAACUUAGCCCAUCUCGUAACAGAGGAUGAGUCCAGGGCUCUACUUGACGCGUAGCUCCCGCGACUCCUUGCGACUACGUACGCCACGUCUGCCAAUCAACACUGUCAAGAGCCUUGAGAACCUCCAUGAAUAAAUAUCUAUUCAAAUCGUCGAGAGUGUCCUCC